CAACGUAUUAGCAUACAGGAAUCCCUAUCUUCCCCUCGCCCUCGCCGCCGUGCUGCGGGGAGGCACGCGGUAGUUCAUGGGUUUCGAUCCAAGUAUAUUUAUUUUCCAUGCGCCCUCCUCCACUUCUACCUGGAGCUUACUGUUUCUUCUGUGGUGUUCCUUGCAUACCUCUGUUCGGAGAACUUGUACAUACUAUAUUAUCAUCGCGACAACUACGCGUCUGCCCAGCAAACUGCUUCGCACAGUGGGCUUGUAUACCUCGAUCUCUGUUGACCCUGCUCCCUCUACAUACGAGGCACCGCCGCCAAAAUGCAGACCAAGCAUUUCAUAGAUGAUCCCACGCACCUGGUGCACACGGCGUUGCACAGUUUGACGUUAACGAACCCUUCCGUCGCCUUCGACUUGACCAACAAGAUCAUCUACCGUCGACCAACGAAGGAGCUGUUGGAUGAGCCAAAGGUCUCAAUUAUAUCUGGUGGAGGUUCCGGUCAUGAACCUGCUUUCGCUGGUUUCGUGGGAAAGGGGUUCUUGACCGCCGGAGUGGCUGGAACUAUCUUCGCGUCCCCAAACACUCUGCAAGUACAGCGGGCGAUCAUGUCUAGGGUGCCGACCGAGAAGGGUGUCCUUGUGAUCACUUUCAAUUACACUGGCGAUGUCUUGAACUUUGGCCUGGCAGCCGAGAAGGCGAAGGCGGCUGGUGUCGAAACAGAGUUCUUCGCCAUCGGAGACGAUGUCGGUGUUGGCCGAGAGAAGGGCGGCAAAGUUGGCCGUCGGGGUAUUGGAGGCUCUAUUUUGGUCCUCAAGAUUAUUUGCGCUCUGGCCGAACAAGGUGGUAGCCUGUCCGAAGUCUACAACCUCGCCAAGAAGGUCGCAGGCAACCUCGUGUCUGUGGGUGCUUCCAUGGAGCACGUCCACGUCCCCGGACGCGAGAACCCCAACUCCGACGAGAUCAUUCCCACGGAAGAGAUCGAGGUUGGUAUGGGUAUCCACAACGAGCCAGGCAGUCACCGCGUGUCUGCUACCCUGCCCGAGCUCAUCAAGAUCAUGCUGGCUCAGAUGAUCGAUCCCGAAGACAAAGAUCGUCAUUUCGUCCAUAUCACGAAGCAAGACAAGGUGGUCCUCUUGAUCAACAACCUAGGUGGUGUCAGCAACCUGGAGAUCGGAGGCGUGGUAGCCGAAGUUCACACGCAACUGAAGGAACAGUGGGGAAUUACUCCUGUCCGAGUCAUUGCGGGCACGUUUAUCACCUCCCUCAACGGUCUGGGUUUCUCAGCAUCACUCCUCAAACUCGACGACACUGGCCUCGGACAAGGCAAGUCAAUGCUCGAACUCCUCGACGCACCCGCAGAGGCUUUCGGCUGGGCCGCUGCAACCAGAACUGCUACCUGGGAGGCCGAUAACAGCGCCACGAUGGACCGCGAAGCCGACAGCGCACGAAAUCUCAGUGCCAGCCAUCUGUCAAUUGACCCUCAGCAAGCUCACACAGUGCUAAAAGCCGGCCUGGACAAGAUGAUCGUCGCAGAGCCCGAGGUGACGAAGUACGACACUAUUGUUGGCGACGGAGACUGCGGUAUCGGCCUCAAGCGAGGAUCCGAAGCCGUCCUCAAAGAGCUGUCAUCAGGGGACCUGCCUACCGAUGCUGUAGCCUUCGUCAACAAGAUCGUUCCGGUCGUGGAACACCACACAGAUGGCACAAGCGGUGCGCUAUACUCGAUAUUCCUCAACGCGCUUGUCCACGGUCUCCGCGAACAAGAUACAGGAUCGUCACAGAAGGUCGAUGCGAAGAUUUGGGCUGCAGCACUAAAGUCCGCGAGAGCGGCGCUCGGAAAAUACACACCUGCUGUAGUGGGGGAUCGCACACUGAUAGACGCGUUGGACCCCUUCAUUGAGACACUGUCCAGCACGGGUGAUGUUAAAAAGGCCGCCGAGGCUGCCAAGGAAGGUACGGAGAAGACCAAGACGAUGAAGGCGAGCUUGGGUCGCGCUGUAUACGUCGGUGCAGAGAGCGAAUGGAUGGGUAAAGUCCCAGAUCCAGGUGCGGUGGGCUUGCAGGAACUCUUGUUAGGUAUUGCCGGUGCUUCGUAGGGACUGAAUCAGUAUGAGGUGAUGCAAUCAAAACUUCUGGAAAAUUAGACAGCAACAUUGC